CAGUCUCGGACGGGGCUGUUAUUGUUCGGUUUGAAGAGUUGGGGGCGGUCGGCGCUUUGUUUUUAUUUUGGGGGGGCUUUAAGCUGCCACCAGCUGGCUUAUUCGAGUCUAAAACAACCACCUGCAUGCCCGGGUCGAGGUUUGUUUAAUUAGCACAGCAUCUUUUUUAUCCAGGUAGUGGUAAGCUAACAAGUUAGGUCCCAAAGUAGCUGAUGGAUGCGCGGGUAUCGGAGUUAUUCGGCUCAGGAAAUGGACACGGCUCGGGAUCUCACGGUGCAUCCAGCGUCAAGCCGGGAAACGGCUACGGGGUAGCCCCCAAAAAGGCUUGUGUCAAGCACAACAAGAAAUCCAAGGCUCGAUUCUCCCGCAACUUCAAACCGAGCAAUAACACUCCGUAUCUACCUCCAGAGGCUGAAGAGGGGAAUAUAGAGUACAAGCUGAAGCUGGUGAACCCCACGCAGUACCGCUUUGAGCACCUGGCAACGCAAAUGAAAUGGCGACUGCAGGAGGGUCGAGGCGAAGCUGUCUAUCAAAUAGGUGUCGAGGAUAAUGGCAUGCUGGUGGGACUGUCAGAGGAUGAUAUGAGGACGUCACUGAAGACUCUGCAUAGGCUGGCAGAGAAAGUUGGAGCUGACAUCGCUGUUCUCAGAGAAAGAGAGGUGGACUAUGACUCUGACGUGCCUCGUAUGAUUGCUGAAGUUCUCAUUCGCAAGGUGCCAGAUGACCAGCAGUUUUUGGACCUGCGGGUAGCUGUACUGGGUAAUGUGGACUCGGGCAAGUCCACUCUGUUAGGUGUUUUGACACAGGGUGAGCUGGACAAUGGGCGGGGGAGAGCGAGGCUCAACCUCUUCAGGCAUCUACAUGAGAUCCAGACUGGACGCACGUCAAGCAUCAGCUUUGAAAUCCUUGGCUUUAAUAGUAAAGGAGAGGUUGUGAAUUACAGCGAGUCUCGAACAGCAGAGGAGAUUUGUGAGAGUGCAUCUAAAAUGAUCACAUUCAUUGAUCUGGCGGGUCACCACAAGUACCUGAAGACCACCAUCUUUGGCCUCACCAGCUACUGUCCGGAUUUCGCUAUGCUGGUCGUCAGCGCAAAUACCGGCAUUGCUGGAACAACACGGGAGCAUCUUGGACUUGCCAUGGCCCUGAAGGUGCCAAUCUUCAUCGUCAUCAGCAAGGUGGACCUCUGUACACGAGCCACAGUGGAGCGCACCGUGCGGCAGCUGGAGCGUGUCCUGAAGCAGCCGGGCUGCAACAAGGUGCCCAUGAUUGUAAGCAGCACAGACGAUGCCGUCACAGCAGCGCAGCAGUUCGCCCAGUCACCCAACAUCACACCCAUCUUCACCUGCUCCAGUGUGUCAGGAGACAGUCUAGACUUGCUCAAGGUUUUCUUCAACAUCAUCCCGCCUCUAAGCAACAGCAAGGAGCAGGAGGAGCUUAUGCAACAGCUAACUGAGUUUCAGGUGGAUGAGAUCUACACAGUGCCAGAGGUGGGGACCGUGGUGGGAGGCACUCUCUACAGUGGUAUUUGCCGUGAAGGCGAUCACCUUGUAGUGGGGCCCACAGACUCGGGCCAGUUCCACAAGUUGACCAUCGGGAGCAUCCAAAGGAACCGCUCGGCAUGCAGGGUGCUCAGGGCCGGCCAGGCUGCCACACUCGCUCUGGGCAACUUCGAUCGCUCAUUACUACGCAAGGGUAUGGUGAUGGUGAGCCCGGAAAUGGAUCCUACCAUCUGCUGGAUGUUUGAGGCUGAGAUUGUGCUGCUCUUCCACGCCAAGACCUUCCACAAGGGCUUCCAGGUUACUGUGCACAUUGGCAAUGUGAGACAGACCGCUACAGUGGAGGCUGUGUAUGGCAAGGAGGAGCUGAGGACAGGGGAGAAAGCAGUUGUUCUCUUCAAGUUCAUCAAGCACCCAGAAUACCUGAAGGUGGGGGCUAAGGUGCUCUUCAGACAGGGCGUGACUAAAGGUAUCGGCCACGUCACCAAGCUGCAGCCCAUCGCCCAGUACCAGCCACCCCAAAGCGAGGAUGACGAAGCCUAAAGUCUUGUGAGGAUAACAACAGCAGAAAACACCGUCCCGCCCAAAAGCAAGGUGCUUUACAAACAACCUCCUGCUUCCUCCAAAGGCCACUCUGUCCUGCUCCCUGCACAGGAAAUCCCUGUCGCAGGAGUUUUUUGUUUUAGCACCCUUUCCAAAGCCUUGUUGUCGUCAUCAUCCUCCUCUUCAGCCUUUUUGAAUAACUGCUGAUAUUUUAUUCUGCUUUCUGGUUUUGAGGUUUAAAGAGUGUUGCUUUUCACGGCACUGAUAAGAGGAAAGCCCUCAGCCGCCUCUUUAACACACUCACUUAGCAACAUCCACCAAAGUGAUAUUGUCAAGGAAAUUGCUUGCAACGUUGAAGUGCUGCUUACACAGUUUACACCUAAAUGCACUCCUAACACACACUUUGAGAAGAGAGGCCCACACACACUUGCACUGAAACCUAAAAUGCCAGUGUUGAUAUACCUUUAGCGGAUACUCGUUUACAGUUAAAGUAUGAGAUGCUUGGACAUUAAGGUGUAUCACCCAGUGUCACCCCACAGCAGCUUGUCUGUGUGACCAGCAUAGUGCCUGACUGAUAAGGACAAGCCUCACUGGAUUUGAAUACCCUUAAAUCAUCUUAUUUAAGUAACAGCUAUUGAGGUAUGUGAGAUAGUUAAAAGACUGAGAUACUUGUCAGUUGUAUAUAAGCUAAAUCAUCUUGCUUCAAGCUAUAAUAUUGCUGACAACGGCACUUUAUGAAGGUAAAGGAGAGCAUAGGUAUGCAAAGAUAGAACUUGACCCAGUUUGCCAAGAUGACUCAUGUUGGCGAUCACCUUGUAAGUGGUUUUGUUAUGUCACAUAUGUCUGUGAGAAUUCUGUUUUUUAUUCACAAAUAAUGCCUCACGAUAGCGCACUGAGAUGGUAACGAUCUUGCUGCCUAUCUUUCAAGUGCUUUAGUUACUCAGGUCAGUUUAGAUAUUAGACAGCAUUCCACGUUCACAGAACUACUCCAGUGGAGGUUUCUGUUGCUGACUUGGGGGGGGGAGGGAGGUUUAAGGGGGAAAAAAGACAAAGGUGUUUUCCCAAAGAGAUGUUUGAAUAUCGAUUAUAUAGUUCUUGAAGCUGCCUACUGAUGCUGCUUUGUUUUAAAGCAAUGUGUUGGAGGUACUUGAUGUCGUCUCUUCACUUAAGUUACUGAUGUCACUAACUUUGAGGGGGUUUAACACAGUGCCUAAUGGAACUACUGUUUGAGUAGCCCACCAUCACACCCCAAAGUUUUACAACUAAAAAAAAAAAUCUAAGUUGGUGCUACUAAUCGAAUCAGCUUUUUAUAUUUAGACGACUUUGAAAAUGAAUGUCGGUUACUCGUCUGUGUUCAAGGCCGCUGUUGGCCUUAUCAUGUCUUAUUAUAGCAUGUUGAUGUGACUUAUAGAUUUGUUGUCCCGCUGACAUCAGUGACAGAGAGGACAACUGGGAUGUGUGCCGUUUUGUUGCACCCAUUUUGUUGUGCACUCAAAGAGAGGAAAACUAAGAACGCAUUUCAACCAAAAUAUUUUAUAGCCUUUAUGAAGAGUUAUCAGGUGUUAUAAGUUUGUUUUAAUGCAUCUGAGAAGUAUUUUAUAGAUUUCUAGUAGUUUCAGGUGUUACAAUUUAUUCUAUAAUGUUUUUCACUGUUUUCGCAAUAUUCUUAACGACACCAACACAUCUCCACUUUUUUCCGAUCACGUUUAAGACCUUUUCCCUUUAAUUGAAAGCGUAAUAUUUUGAUUAUUUGGGUGAAAUGCAAUAUUUAUGUACAGAUCCAAUUUGUGUAUCAUGAUGUACAUGAAUAAAAGUUUUAUUGUCUCCUUA